AUGGAUGAUAAUUUAUUAAUUUUAGCACCAGAAAUAGUUCGACGGUUAAGUUCAUUUGAUGUUAGAGAAGAUGAAACUACUACUUUUACGUGUACAAUACAAAGUGAAAACGAUGAACCAUAUGAUGUUCGAUGGUAUUAUGGCGAUAAAGAAAUACUUUCAACAGAUAAAAAGUAUUCUAUUGAUUAUGGUGAAAAGACUGGAAUAUGUUUAUUGACGAUCCACAAUGUAACAAUCGAUGAUGAAGGUGCAUACCGUUGUAUAGUAACUAAUAAAUAUGGAUCAUCCGUAACAACUGGUUUUCUUGCAGUAAUAAGUAGAAAACGAUCAAAAUCCCCAUCUCCAUCACGUAGUCCGGGUAGAAUCUCAAGUUCAUCUCCUAGUCGAUCGCUCAGCCCUUCACAAGCGGCACGUGAACGUGGAGCCUCACCGCUGCGCUACAUUAACGUACCACUCUCAAAAUUAGAACGAGUUACCGAAGAGCUUGAAACCUUGAUUGCUGCUGAACAUAUUAAUGAACAAGAAAAAGAAAAUAUUACAGCGAAAAUGAAUCCAGAGAAAGUGCCAGUCACCACUUUAAACGUAGAUGACGUUAAAAUCGAGUCAAAUUUAACAUCUUCACCUGAAUUAACCAUAACAUCAUCCGAGACGGACAAGAAAAAAGAAGAAAUGGAUGUUGAUAAAAAUAUUGAUACCACCGAAACUAACAAGGAAGUGCAGCCAGCCCACCAGAAACCUAUAAUUGUCGUACAACCACCCAGUCUGAUCAAUGUCAAGGAAGGAGAAGAUGUUCAUAUCAACAGUACCAUUACAGGUAUUCCUGAACCAAAUAUUCGGUGGUUGAAAGGUGGAAAUGAAUUACGAGAAGAUCAUCGCAUUGAUAUGUAUGCGGAUCGUGGUGUUCAUCAUUUAGAAAUAUGUGAAGCUCAAAUGAGUGAUAAUGGUGUAUAUGAAUUGAUUGCACAAAAUAAUAUUGGUAAAGUAUCAGCACAAUGCGAAAUAAAAGUCGAAGAAAAUGAAAAUAAAAUGAAACGAUUAAAGGUGGACGGAUUAUUUACAUAUGGCACACGUCAGCAAACAUAUAAAGCGCCUGAGUUUAUUAUAAAGCCAUCGAAUCGAACAAUCCAUGAAGGUGAAAUUUUUCAGAUAUUUGCCAAAGUUAUUGGUAUCCCACCUCCAGAAGUUGUUUGGAUGAAACUCGGAAAAUCGCUUAGAGAUGAUGGUUAUUAUAAAAUUUAUGAUAAAGAUGGACAGAAUUAUUUAGAAAUACCAGCAGUAUCAAUAUUAGAUUCAGGAGAAUAUACAUGUUUGGCCAGUAAUAUGAUGGGUGCUGUUUACAAUUCAUUUCAGUUACAUGUUGAAGAUUCAUUAUUUUUUAUCAUAUUUUUGUUUUUUCUUAUUGUAGCAAUGACUGAACCAGAUAGUUCAGAAUUUGAAGAACGUUCAGCAAACGUUUCUGACUCGGAACAAUCCGGAAAAGAUAAUAAAUCGAAUACUACAAAUGUAUCUAUGGUUGCAACAGAACUAAUUGACAAGCAUGUUCGUCAACAUCGUCAAUCAAGAUUGAGUAUACAUUCCGGUGAACAAUCAGACGUUGAAUAUUUUUUAUCAGAUUUUAUAUUAAAAGAAGAUUAUUGUGAUGAUAGUCGAGAUGUUUCUAUGAAUAGAGGAGAUAUUGUGGAAAUAGUCGAUGUUGAAAAGAAAGAAAAAUGGCUUGUGAGAAAUAAAAAAAAUUUAAAUCAGAUAUGCUAUGUUCCACCUGAAUUAUUAGAAGUCAUUCCAGAUGUUUCAUUACCGUCGGAUUUAACCUCUGUCAUUUUUGAUGAACAACAAGAAACACUUAAACAAGACGUACUACGAGCUAAAGUAGCACUUUCAAGACAACGAUCAUUCACAAAAAGAUCUGCUGGCAAUUUAGAAAAACGUUAUAGUCAAGAAGACAAAGAUUCAUCUUCAAGUAGCGAUGAUAUAAAAACUAUGACAGAGGAAACGGAAGUCUAUUUUGCUAAUUCUGAUUAUCAGCCAUCAGCAUCAGAUGGUAUUGCACUUGUGGAAAAUCAAUUUGUCGAUGUACUCGAUAAUCAUGAUCCAGAAUAUUUUCUUGUUCGUACAAAACCAAGAAAAGAUGAAAAACCCAAAGUUGGUUGGGUACACUCAUGUUUCUUAGAAAAAAAGUCAACCAAUAUUGGACAGUUCACUAUGUUUAAUCCAACGGAAUUAUCUUCGUUUAUUUAUCCGUCAUUAGACGAAGAACAACAUCAUCAUCAAUCGUUCGAACGUAGUUUAUCUGAAAUAAUACAUGAACGUCAUCAAUCAUCUCCAAGUAGCUAUUAUUUUCAAAGAGAACCAGAUUUAUAUUGUCACUAUUGUCCGUGUAGAAGUUGUCGUUUAAGUCGUUCAUUACGUUCAUCGUAUCUUCAUAUGUCACGUCGUUCAACAUCAACAUCAUCACAUGUACGUGGUGGACGACAGCAUGAUUAUUAUUCAAGUUCACAUUCAUUACACGAUUCUUAUGAUGAGAAUAAUCCGAAUAGGGAUGAUAAUAGUUUUUUAAAUGAACAUAAAGAAUAUUACAGUGAAAAUUAUAAUACUCACAGAGUACUAUCAUUCUAUAAUAGAUAUCCUACAAUAACGACAUCAUCAACAGCACAAUGGCAAAAUCAACCGCGUGAAAGUUCACGUGAAAAAACAAUUCGUUUUUCAUUGCAGAUAAAUCGACGAAAUACAAGAGAAGUUUAUCCAGAUGAUAUUACACCAAUACCAAAUCGUUAUGAGGAAGCAAUCGUAAAGCAACGAUAUGUCUUCGCUGAUAUUGUCGAAAGUGAACGUCAAUAUGUAUCUGAUUUAGAAAAAAUAAUUGAAAUUUAUUUGUCUGAAUUAACACGUCAAGGAUGUCCGUGGUUUAUUAAAGAGAAAAAAGAUGUAUUAUUUAGCAAUAUUGAAAAUAUAUUCGCAUUCCAUAAAGUUUUAUUCUUGACCGACUUAAUUAAUAGUACAAAUAAUCCUACAGAACUCGCUAAUACAUUUUUAAAACAUCAAAAUAAAUUUGAAUUAUAUACACAAUACGCUUAUGACAAAACAAAAUCGGAUCAUUUAUUACAGACUAAUUCAAAUAUACAAGACUAUUUUGAUGAUAUUAGUAGAAAAAUUGGUGGACGUACAUUGAAUGAACUUCUCAAUGAACCUAUUCAACGUUUAGAAAAAUAUAAAGCAAUUUUACAGGAACUAAUAAAAUAUACUAUACGUAUGAAAGAAGAUGCAACAGUAUUACAACAAGCAUAUACAAUGAUAGCGGCUAUAAUGAAUGAAGCACGAAAUAGAGAAUCAAUUGAAUUAAUUGAUCAAUUACCUAUAAAUAAUAGUGAAUUAGGAGAAUUAAAACGUUAUGAUGCUGUAUUAAUUAAAGAUGAAGAUGAAACAAAUCGUUUACGUGAACGAUUUUUAUAUUUAUUUCGUAAUAAGAUUGUUAUAUGUCGACGUAAACGAGCUGAAAGUAAAUUAGAACCACGUUCAUUGGCAUAUAAAAAUUCUUAUAAUAUUAGUGAAAUAACAUUUAUACAAGAAAACUUUCCUGAUGAUGAUAAAAAAUUUGAAAUAACAUUUAAUGAUAAUGAAAAAGUGACAUUUCAUGCUCGUAAUGUUUUUGCUAAAAUGUCAUUAAUAAGAUCAUUGAGAGAAAUUUUAAAAUCAUUAGGUUUUGAAGUGAACGAUAUCGGUCUCAGUCGUACAACAUCCUAUCUCUACUCUACGUCUAAUAUUGAUAAAGAUAGUGUAAAACGUGGAUGUUUUGUAGAAGAAGUUGAAAUGAUUGAAACAGCGACCGAAAAUGAUGAACAAAAUAUACAAAGACAACAACGUAAAUCUAUUGGAAAAAAACGAAAUGUUGAUGUAUUAGAAUCGGUUGAUUUACAACCAAAACUUUCCGGUGAACAAGAAGAUGUUAAUCAAAAUUUAUCGCAGAAGCGUCGAGGAAAUAUGACAAGAAGUAGUGAUGGUUUGGCUACAACAUCUGGUACAUCAGAUUUUUAUUCAUUCAGUGAAAGUGAAUCGAGUUAUCAAACGCCCGGUGAAGAUGAAUUUAAACCAAAAUUUUUAAAAAAAUUAAAUGAUACACUUGCAACUGAAGGUGACUAUAUUGUAUUAGAAUGUCUUGUAAUAAGUACUACGCCAGUACACGGAACAUGGUUCAAAAAUAAUAUACCCUUACAAGAUAAUUCUGAUUGUAGACAAAUACAAGAAGAUCGAAAAUUCAGUUUAAUUAUUAAGGAAGCGUUUGUUGAUGAUGGCGGUAUUUAUUCUAUUAAAGUCUCGAAUCAUGCUGGUACAAUCACAUGUAGUUGUAAAUUAUUUAUUCGAGAACAAACGAGUGAUGAACGUACAAUACGUGAAGAAAUAGGUAUACGAGAAGAAACACCACAAGAGAAAAGAGAUACCACAGAUAACGAAGAAGACUUAAGUAUCACAGAAAUACCAUACAAUUUAAGGUUAUCGAACGUAACACCGUCGAUUGGCCGUGGACCCAUAUUUAUUCAUUCAUUAAUGCCUUUAAUAUCGAAUUCUGGUGACGUUGUUACAUUAAAAUGUGCAAUAACUGCGUUGCCAAUGCCAGAUGCAACAUGGUUAAAAAAUGGUAUUGAAAUUCAUACUGGCGGCCGUUAUUCUGUAUUUAAUGAUGGACAUGGAAAUUACUCAUUAGUUAUCUCUGAUACGUCGCCAGAUGAUACUGGUGUGUAUGAAAUAAAUGUCCAAAAUUCAUAUGGUGUUGCAGAUUCAAAAACCAGUUUACAGAUACUUGAACGUGAAAGUGUAUUCAUACCAUCUGAUGUUAAUCGUGUGAAUGUUCAAGAUAAAGGUACGGCAAAAUUAAGUCUUACAGUGAAACGUCCCGAUAUUAAAGUUCAAUGGAUCAAAGAUGAGCGUAUAUUAAAUGAAAAAGAUAAUUUUAAUAAAUAUAAAAUAACAAGUGAAGGUUUACAACGAGAGUUAAUCGUUCGAAAUGUGACAAAAGAUGAUCAAGGCGAUUAUAUUUGUCAAUCGGGAAAGUAUCGUGUUACAUUGCAUUUAAAUGUACGUGGACCACCUGCCGACAUUGUGCAAUCAUUGGAAAAUAUUGAAGUUAUUGAAAACAACGAAGCCAUAUUUGAAUGUCAGUUAUCAAUUGAUGAUGCGCAAGUUGAAUGGUAUCAUAAUAAUCAACGUUUAAUAAAUUCAAAUCAUCACAUAAUAGCAUCGCGAGACACCCUACAUCAAUUAAUUAUUCCACAUGUUAACAUGAAUGAUGAGGGUGAAUAUUCAAUUAGAGUUGAUAAUAAAAAUACAUCAACUGGACAAUUGUAUGUCAAAGAGCAAUCAAUUGUAUUUCGACGUUCAUUACGUUCGCAAACUGUCGAGGAAGGAAGUACUGUCCUAUUCGAAUGUGAAUUAAAUAAACCGUUAAAACACAUGUUGUGGUUUAAAUCGAAUACUAUACAUUUGUUACCGUCAGAUAAAUAUUCGAUGGAAUCAUAUGGUUUAAUUCAUCGCUUAACUAUACGUAAUGUCGACCAAUUUGAUGAAGGCGACUAUAUGGCAUCGACAGGGUUCAAUAAGUCAACAGCACAUUUGUCUGUAGAGCAAUUAUUACCUAUAUUUAUUGUACCAUUGAUGGAUGCAAGAGCAAAUAUAACUGAGACCGUUAAAUUAUCGUGUGAGACAAGUACACCAGCAAAUGUUAUUUGGUAUCAUCGUGAAAAAAAAAUAUUAGAAAAUAAUCCCAAAUACACAAUAAGCAAAAUGAAUGGCGGCACAUUGCAUACACUUGAUAUUGACAAUCUUGAUCAACGAGAUCAAGGCGAAGUUGUUUGUGCGAUAAAAGAAUAUCCUGCAAUAACAACGAGUGCUCAUUUACUGGUCGAAGACUUUAACCAGCAGUGUGUUUACACGUGUGUAACGAGAGAAGGGCAAUCAUCAUCAACAACAUUGCGUACAUUAAUACAACGGGAACAUACACCAAGAAGUGAAGAAAGAUAUGUAACAUACAUGAGAACUGAUUCACCUCGCAUGCAAACACCGGAACUUGGAUUAACGCGAUCAAGUUUAAGUCCUGGUGGUCAGCGUGGACCUCGAUAUGUACCAUCAAUGAAUGAUGAUGAGACACGUUUCCCAGAUCGAUUUGAAGAAACACAGCGUAGAAAGAAAAUCGUUAUCCAAGAAACUAGCGAACAACGCAUACCAACAAUGAAAACGAUUACAUUUCGCCCAAGUUCAAGUCGAUCUCUUUCUCGUGAUUAUUCCGUUCGUUCAGGUGAUACAAGUCCUGAAAAAGAACGUUCAUUGCCAAGACAGUUUUCACCAUCAGCAGCCACAUAUGCAAGACCACCACAAUUACAAGAUUUUGGUCAUUAUUUACCACAUGAUCGAUCAGAAUCACCUCGUUUAUCACCAUCACCAUCUCCGACAAGAAAAACAAGUAUGACAUUUGUAAAUAUGAAUGCUGCAAAACUGAGCAUGCCACCCGUAUAUGAAGAAUUAGAUGAGCAUCAGCGACAUCGUUCUGCAGUAACAUUCAGUCCGUCGCAAUCGCCUGCCCGCACGCGAUCACAAGAAUCGAUUGAACGGAAAACGGUCAUGAUGGAAAUACCGAUUCGAGAAUCACCACGUCGCGAUUUAAAACAUGCUCCAUAUCAGAAAGAAACAAUUCCAGAAGAGCAUGCACAAUUUAUAGAUAGCGAAGCAUACGAUAGACAGACACCAUUUUUCCAACGUGAAGAACGAUCUGGUUUAACCACAUCGCGUGUCAAUGUCACUGAACCAUUACCUAUUCAUAUCACACGACCGUUAGUUGAUACAUAUGUCGAACAAGGAAAACCGUUACGUUUAGUUGUUGAAACUUCAUUUCCGUCAAAUGAUGCCUCAUGGUUCAAAACAGACUCAUAUUCACAACAUCCAGUGGCCAAAAAGCUUGAUGAAAGCGAUAAAUAUCGUAUGAUAUCGCAAGGUAGCCGUCAUAUGUUAAUUAUACCAAAUGUCACAUCAAACGACAGUGGCGAUUAUAUAUGUCGAAUACAAAAUUUGACAACAAAAGCCCAUGUUCAAGUCAAUGAUGAAGAUUUACAAUUUAUGAAACGCUUACCACAAACCAUUGAUGUUAUUGGUGGACGCGACAUUGCGAUUGAAUGUGAAAUGAAUCACUAUGAUACACAAGCUUUAUGGAAGAAAGAUAACGAACCGAUUAAGAAUCUGUCGAAGUUCAUGCCAAUAGUUGAAAACAAAAAACAUAAACUAAUUAUCAAAGAUGCCUCAGCCGAAGACUCGGGUUUAUAUACAGUUAAUGUUAACGAAUUAGAAAGUACAACAUAUUUGAAUAUCACACAAGAAUCGCUUCUUAUUUUAAAACCAUUACAAGAUCAGCGAGCAAAACUAGGAGAUAAUGUUACAUUUACGUGUGUUUGUUCAAAAGCGCCCAAAACUGUUCAGUGGUAUAUAAAUGGAAUUCCUUUACCCUUAAAUGUCUACAAUAAAUAUCAAAUAAAAUUAAUCGAUCGUGAAAUUCAGUUAACCAUUAAUAAUAUAAGCGAAAAUGAUAUUGGUACUAUAACAUGUUGUUUAAAUAAUACGAUAACAACAGCGAAUUUAACAAUUGAUGAUACCGAUAAAAAUAUAAAAUUUUUGAAAUUAUUAGAUGAUGAUGAUAUGACUAUUCGUGUUGGCUCACCAUUUAUUCUCGAAUGUCGUAUCAAUCAUCCUAACUUGAUAAGUAGAUGGUACAAAGACGGAAAACCUAUAACAGAGCACGACAAAACGAUAAAAACGAUUUCGGACGGAUGCUCGCAUGUUUUACAAGUUGAUCAUGCUCUAGAACAACAUACAGGUCAUUAUCGUUGUUUAGUGCAAGAUAAAGAAACAUCGUGUCAUAUUACUGUACAUGAAUCGGAUUAUCGUUUUGUACAAUCAUUACCAUCUCAUGUCUACUAUUCUCCUAAUGAAGGAACUAUCACUUUAAAUUGUACAAUAAAUCAUUCACCUACUUCAUCGAACCGUGUCAAGUGGUUUAAAAACGAGCUAGAAAUAAAAACAUCUCCAAAAUAUGAAACUAUUAUUGAGCAUCAUUUAUUAGCACUCAUUAUACAUGAUUUGAACAUUGACGAUCAAGCGCUGUAUCGUUGUGAAAUCGAUAAUGCUCAUACGGAAUGUCAAUUAAUACCAACACUGAAUAAUGCAAAAGACAUUUUAUUACAACCGUUACAAGAUGUUGAACUGUACGAACAUGAUAUGUGUACGUUAACGGUUAAAUUUUUACCAGAACAAAUUAAAAAUAUUCCACAAAUAAAAUGGUAUCGUAAUGGUCAAGCAAUAAAAACAAGACAAGAUAAAUAUCGCUUUAUCCAACACAGCAACGAGAAUACAUUAAUUAUUGAUAAUUGUUUGUUGAAUCAAGAUAAUGGUUAUUAUAGCGUUAGAUUAAAUUCGAAUAAUAAACAAGAUUUAUCGGCAUGCUACGUUAAUAUUAAAGAUUUAAAUAUCCACUUUGUUAAACCUCUUGAAACACAACGUUACUUAUUACAGCCGCUAACUCAACAACAAGUUCAACUUGAUUGUGAGACAACUCCCACCGAUAAAAAACCGUCAUGGUAUUUCAAUAAUACCAAAUUAAUACAACCAUCAAAUAAAUACGAAUUGAUCGAUGAUAGUAAACAUCAUAGACUUAUUAUUAAUAAUAUCACAUUGAGCGAUCAAGGUCAGUAUCAUAUUGAAUUUCCAAAUAGUGAUCAAAGAUCUUAUGCUACCGUCCAAAUAUUACAAACACCAAACAUAGAAUCAAUCAAUUUUAUACAACCAUUAGAUGAAACAUUUUUAUGUGAAGAAGGUGACGAUUUUACGUUGGUAACAAAAACAAAUAAACCAACGGCAAGUGUUAAUUGGAUGAAAAACGGUUAUAAAUUAAUUAAAACACCUGAUACACAACAAACAGAUAAAACUGGUAUGACGCAUAGAUUUGUGAUAAAAAAAUGUCGCAAACAAGAAGACGAAGGCAAUUAUGUAUGUUAUAUUGAUACAACCAACGUUGCUACUGAGUGUUUUGUAAAAAUAAUUGAAAAAGAAUUACAAAUAAUACAGCCAUUACCGAAAAUAUUGAAAUUAAAUGAAAAUGAUACAUUAACAUUAUUGUGUGAAACAAAUCGUAAACCAAAAAACAUACGAUGGUUAAAAAAUAAUAGUCAAAUAUUAGAUACUAUGACAAAUCCUAAUUUAAUGUUAAUUAUGGGUGAUGAAACAUGUACAAUGAUAAUAAAUAAUGUAACAAAGAAUGACAGUGGCUCGUAUACAUGUCAGGUAGAAGAUAAAUGGUCAGUGUGUGAUGUAAGAGUACAAGAAGCAGGACCACAAUUUGUUGAUGGACCACAAUCAUAUCUCGUAUGGAAACGAAAAGAAGAUGGUCCUGUGACAACAAUAAGUUGUACAUUGAAUAAAUUCAAUGUACCUGUUAAAUGGUUUAAAGAAAAUCAUGAAAUAUAUACGAAUGAUAAAUAUGAAUUAAUUUCAGAAGGAACAAUUCAAUGUUUAUUAAUACAUGAUAUAAAUAAAAAUGAUUCGGGAAAAUAUGUAAUAUCUUUAGGAUCUAUUUACCGAACAUGUCAUUUGGAAGUUGUUGAUGAUAAAAUAACAGACUAUAAGACAACAACAACAGAAGAUGAAGAAGAGAGAUUAAUGAAGCCGAUAAUGCAAGUUCAACGACAAGAAGUUAUGGAAGGUGAUUCAUUAACAAUUGAAGUGACACCCGAUUCUACUCGUUCAAUCACAGCUGAUCAACUUCAGUUAUUGAAAAAUAAUCGUCCGAUUGAUGACUAUUCUCAUAUAAGUUUAGAACGUGAGGAUACACGAUGGCUUGUGCGUUUAGUCGACGUUGACUUAUUAAAUACUGGCUUAUAUUCAAUUGAUAUUGAUCAUCAACGUCAAGAUUUGAUUGAUUUGUAUGUUAAAAAACGUCCGGUGCAACGGCAAUUGAUAGAAUUACCAAAAGAAGAAUUCUUUCUUAAUGAAACUAUAACGCUGGAAUGUAAUUUUCAGAAACCGAUAAAAACAAAAUCAUUACAACCCACAUGGUUCAGAAAUGGUCGUCCAAUACAGUCAACUAAUCGACAUAUCGUAACAGUUGAUAAUAUGUCAGAUGAUGGUCCGACAAAAUAUUCUUUAACAAUAAAAAAUGUGGAUUAUACAGAUGAAGGCAUCUACGAAUUACGUACUGACUACUUAAUUGUUGAAACGCCGUUAAUACGAAUUGUAGAAAAACCUAAAAUACCCGCACCAAAUCGAAUGGUGAUCGAAGGCGAUAGUUUACAAAUCGAUGUUAAUAUUGAUCGUGCAGAACAUCCAAAUGAAACAAUUCAAACAUUGCUAGAAGAAAUAACGUUGCUAAAAGAUAAUCGACCAAUCACAACGAAACCACAAAUAGAAAAAUGGCACGAAAACGAUCAAUUAAGAUUAGAGUUGAAAAACUUGCAACUAGAUGAUUACGGUUUAUAUGAAAUUGAUAUUCACGGCGAGCGUACACCUGUAUGUCAACUAGAUGUGAAAGAACGAGAACCAGAAGUAUUUAUACUCGAUCUUGAUAAGAAUUCGUUUGAAGAGGGCGAAACAAUUCGAUUAGCAUGCACCUUUCCUCAACGACCUGGUCAAUUUGCUACAUGGUUAAAAGAUGGUAUACCUAUUGUCACGCCCCCAACAGAUUUAACAACAAACACUAAAAAGAUUGAAAUGCUUGAUGAAAAUAAUACAUUGACUAUCAUUAUACGAAAUGUGACGAAAAAUGACUCAGGAGUAUAUGAAGUACGAAUUGGUUCAGUUAUUGCACGUGCUCCAAUGAUAUACGUCGUACCAAAACGUCAACGAGAACCACAAAAUAUCUCACUACAAAUCGUUCGAGAAAAUGAUACUGUCACAUUAUCGGUUGAAGGUUUACAAUUUAACUUGCGACCAAAUGAUAUUCAGUUAUUGAAAGAUGGUGAACCACUGAAUAAAAAACCAAAGUCAUCCAUUGAACAUGAUAAUGAUAAAUUGCGCAUUACACUUCAAACACUGGCGUUAGAUGAUAGUGGUGUAUACAGUGUGAAAGUCCAAAACGAUGUUCAUCCGUUAGCUCGAAUUAAAGUUGAGAAACGUCAACCGGAAAUUCAACAUAUGCAAUUGCAACAAGACACGUUUUAUGUUGGAGAUACAGUUACAUUAGAUUUAGAGUUCACGCAUGAACCUCAACAACCGCCAACAUGGUCAAAAGAUGAUGUGCAAUUACACGAUAGUAAUCGUGUCUCAAUGAAUACCAAUGGCAAUAAAGUAACAUUAGUAGUAAGAGAUUUGCAGUUGAAUGAUGCUGGUGUCUAUGAAGUACAAAGUGGCCCAUUAAUUGUGCAGACACCGUAUAUAAAUGUUAUUGAACGACCAAAAGCUACUGUGAAAACUAUCGAGGAAACGACAACCUACAGCAUAAAACCCAAUCAGCCAGAGCAACCAAAAGCCACAGUUUUACCACAUGAUAAAAAAGUAUGCACCGUAAAAGAAGGCGAUAGUGUUACUUUGAAAAUUGCAUCAACUUCGCCAAUCACAACAAACGAUGUACAGUUAUUAAAAAAUAAUCAACCAACGCCUGUAGAUAACAAACAUGUAUGUCUUGAACAAUUUGGUGGUAAAGACGUUCGAUUGAGUAUAAUAGAUGCACAACUAAAUGAUGCGGGCGACUACACUGCUAUAAUUAAUAAUCAGACUCAACACAUAAUCACUCUGAAUGUUAUUCCACGUCAGUUACAAAUUCAAAUGAUUGAUUUACCAACAGAUACCUUCGUGGAAGGUGAUACACUGGAAAUUGAAUGUCGUUUUCAAGAGCCAACGGUUAACAAUGCUUACCAUUGGUAUAAAGGAUCAGAUGGAAAGCAGUUAGUUGAACAAAGUCCGAGAGUAGAAAUUACAAAAGAUAAUUAUGUUAGCAGUUUGAUAAUAAAAGAUCUUAGACCUACCGACGCCGAUGUAUAUGAAUUACGAAGUCCACAUACAAUUUUGCGUACACCAAUAAUCAAAAUCAUACCUCACACAGCAGAUACAACCACAAAUGUACUGUCACAACAAGAACCAAUUGUAUCUACAACAAGUUACAGUCUAUCAUCAUUGGAGGAACAACCUAAAAUGAAACUGGUUCAUGAAGGUGACACAGUAACAUUUGAAUUAACGCCAAGUUUCGAUGUACCACUAAACAAAAUCGAACUUUUACAUAAUAAUACUCCAAUAACACAUGAACCAAUUGUUAAUCUAAAAAAAGAUUACAAAACAAAUUCAAUUACUGUACAACUCCAGGAUAUAGGAUUAGAAAAUCAGGGAAUAUAUACAGCUGUGAUUCAAGGUAUGAAACUCUACUAAACAUUCGGAUAUUCAAGAGAAACAGAGAUGGUAUUGUUGGGAACAUAGAGAAACAGGACGAGCACUAAACUGGCAAACUUUAAAAGAAAUUUCUUCGAUUUUUUUGACAAAUAAUCGAAAGAAGUUUCGAGUUA